AUGCACGUGAGGUGGAGCAGUGACAGUAGCGCCACACAGUAUGAGCUGAACUUUAGAAAUCUGAAUGCCAGUGUGGCAGUGAUUUCUGUAAUGCAGGCUGCUUCGAUCGGCACAGAGAGGCUGGUUCAAGGUUUAAGACCUGGACACUAUUAUGAAGUCACACUCAAGAUUGUUGAGUAUUUAACUGUGGUCUGCACAAAUGUCAAAAUAUCCCAAACAGUGCCCGGCAGGACCCAAUUCACCUCUUCUCAAGAAAUUUCAAGUACGUCUAUAAAGAUUGAGUGGGCCAGUGUGUUCGGCGCUGACACAUACGUCUUGUUUGUGGAGACCUCUUCGACCGUGGUGUACAACCAUAGCUUCACGGGCCUGAGCACACAACUGGAUGGACUGACUCCUCGCACCAGCUACACGUGUUACAUUUACGCCGCCGACAGUGCUGGAUGGAGUGCCAGUAGUACACAAAAGACAUUAACAACAUUGGUCCAGCCGCCAACUGGUGUCACUCUUGUAUCGACGGGGAGGAACACCGCUACAGUAUCAUGGAAUCCAGUAAAUAACGUGCUGUCCUAUCAAGUAACUGUGAGUGACAACGACAACCCCAACAAUGCCCCAGUCAUCAAAACGGUCCUGACUACCACCGCACUUAUUGAUGAUUUGGAACCUUGCUCGACGUACACAGUGGGGGUAUCAUCACUGAAUGUGUUCUCAGUACCUGGGGAGCCGUAUAAUGUUACGCACACCACAUCCACUAUAGACCCGGUGACGGCAGUGUCUCAGAAAUACCACUGCUCCAUUGCCACGGUGGCCGUGAGCUGGGAUUCGGUGUUAGGCGCGACGUUGUACAAGGCUGUGGCUGUAGACAGUACCGGCAUGUCCCAUAACUGUACGACCACCUCUAACAGCUGCAACAUCACCAUGCUCAAAUGUGGCAAGAAGUACCAGGUCCAAGUCAUAGCGAUCUCUGACGACUGCAAUAGCAUCUCCAAUGACACCAUGGUGUUCGAUACAGUCCCGUGUCCUCCUGCUGAUCCUCACGUUGACUAUUCAUGCUCCAGCAGCAGCAUCUACUUUAACUGGCAGCACACAAACAACACCAGGUUCUAUGUAGCCAGGCGGUUGGAUGAAACCGGUCACGUGUCUGAGUGCAGAACGCUUGAUAGCACCUGUCACUUCAACACGGACUGCGGUCACACCUACAACUUCACUGUGUUUGCCGUCAGCAAUGAAUGCAACAGUGACGUCACGCAGCCCGUGUCCGUCCAAACCAUUCCUUGUGUGCCUGAAAAUAUUCAGACAGUGACGCACUGCCAGGAUCAGAGGCUGUUCACCUCCUGGCAAUCAGCUGCUGGAGCAACGUCCUACUACAUAGAACUCCGUGGAAACACAGAAGAGAAAAUCUACAACUGCACCACCUCUAACACCAGCUGUGAGGUGACAGGCAUUCCCUGCGGUGAGCAACUCAGCGUGUGGGCCGUCGCUUCCAAUGACCAGUGCUCCACUGAAGAAGUGUUUGUGAACGUGGCUGAGACGGUUCCCUGCACGCCCACUAACGUGACAGCAGUGGUUGACUGCAGUCAAGAUUCUGCAAGAAUCAGCUGGAUUCAGAGCAAAGGUGCCAUAUUUUACACCGUCAAUUCUCAGCACGCAGAUGGCACCAUACGCAGCUGCAACUCAAUGAUGCCCACCUGUGUGAUUGACAGCCUACAAUGUGGGCAGAACUACAAUGCCAGCGUUAUUGGCACAAACAUGAUGUGUAACAGCACCGUGAGCCAUCAAGUCACCUUUAAAACAGCCUCCUGUCGUCCAGAAGACGUUGUGGCAUUAAGGAACUGUCACAACAACAGUGUACUGAUAAUGUGGCAGAAUCAUCAGCCCGAUGGCGUCUACACAGCAACCAUAGAGGAUCCAAGCGGAACUCAGUUCACUUGCACCAGCAAUACAGUCAGUAACUGUACCAUCAACGCUCCGCCUUGUGGAAAGACGUACAAUGUCACCGUCACCAACACUGCCACACAGUGUAAUUCCACUUCGGCAGUUAUCACCAUGGAUUCAGUGCCAUGUGGUCCUGGGGAUGUACUGGCCAACGUCUCCUGCAGUACUGGGGAACUAACAGUCACCUGGAGCAACUAUUUUUCUGCAGACAACUACACCACUGUUGUCUCUAGAGAGAGUGACCCGCCCCUUUACUGUUACUCCACUGAGACCACGUGCACACUGGGAGGUUUGGCGUGUGCAAGUACCUACGUGGUGACAGUCUUCAGUGUCAGCGGGACAUGCCGCAGUCUACUGAGUGCACAAGUCAUAGUGCAAUCAUUGCCAUGCAGUCCAUCCAUUCUGACCAGUGAGCUGGACUGCGACACUGGUGCAGGUCAACUGACCUGGUCUGCCAGAUCCAACGCAGACAAUUACACGGUGACAGCCACUAGUUCUGGAGGCACCCUUCUUUGGAGCAGUACUGAUACCAGCGCCACGCUCAACGACCUUCUCUGCGGUCAGAUCUAUGAUAUCUGUGUUAGUGCGUCCAACGACACUUGUGUCAGCAACUGCAGUGUUUCCGUCGUACAUCAUUCAGGUACUAAUUUGUAA